AAAAAGGAGAAAGCUUGAGAGAAGAAGUUUUAAGCAAAAAAGAUCAGGAAUUGGUGAUUUAGAAAACUCUCAGACUAUCUAGAGUACACAAGACACUAAAAUUAGGACAUUUAGUAUCAGGAAAGUGUGCUCUUGAGAGAAGGCUGAGGGAAUGCCUGGGCAACAUUUUGCUAGUGUUUCUGAAGUAUUAAAAUUUUAGAGAUUCAAUCACAAAGGGGGCUCUUUGAAGAGAUUAGGUGUGUGACUUAUGUAUCUAAGGAGAAGUCAGGAAUGGAGUUGGAAUUAUCAAGGACACAUCAGUGGCGAAACAUCUUUUCAAAUGCAGUGAAUCUAUUAGUAGUAACACAUACAGGAGAAUCACAAGGUUCUUGGCAGAAACAGCUCCAGCUUGGACUAAAAAGGACAGAGAAAGAAAUAAAUUUGUUGGAAUUACAAAUAAAAAGUGCCUAAUAAAAUUACUCGGCUGAAAACACAUGCUUCCGUUUAAGGAAAAUGAAGGAUGAUUCUGAGGGCAGAGCUGCAGGACGAGAGGGCAGAGUCCUGAAGCCAGAAGGUAAAACAGAGCCACAGAGGAUUGAUUAUUCCACAGCCUUGAAACCUAGUUCCUUAUGAGAGAUCACAAGGAGGAAAGAAGCUUAGAAGCUUGAAAAGGCAAGUGAAAAGAUUCUUUGUCCAGCCUCCGGGGCAAAGGCAAACCUGAGGACCCAUUUCAGAUGUCUGACAUCCAGAAUUAGCACUUAUAGUAUCCAGAUUAUGACUUUUUAUGAUCUACGACCCACAAUACAAUGGAUGCCUACACCAGGGAUAGUAACCAACUGUCCACCUGGAUUGGAAUAUUUGGAUCAGAUAAAUCAGUUAAUAGUGUGUCAACGUUUUGAUCUUCUGGAAGUUCUCAGUAAUUUGGAAACUAGUAAAACAUAUGAAAUCAUGAACAAUCAAGGACAGAGAAUUUAUUUUGCAGAAGAAAGAAAUAAUUGGUUUCUUCAAUGCCUUUGUGGUUCUUCAAGACCUUUUACUAUAACAAUUUAUGAUAAUGUAGGUCGGGAUGUGAUUGCUCUUCAUAAAGAUCUAAGAUGUAGCUGUUGCUGGAGAAGUUACUACCCACAAAAGCUAAAAGUUGAGGCUCCACCUGGUAAAAUAAUUGGAUAUGUUUAUCAAUACUUUCACCCAUUUUUUCCAAAGUUUAAAAUAAAAAAUGAGAAUAAGGAGGAUAUAAUGAAAAUAAGAGGGCCAUGUGUGUUUUUGUGCCAUCUCACCGAUCUAAAUUUUAAUUUGUUGUCUAUGGAUGAAGAAAGGGUUAUUGGAAAGAUUUCAAAACACUACCCUGGAUUUGUGAGAAGACUAUUAAGCCAUGGUGUUAAAUUUGGGAUCCAGUUUCCAUAUGAUCUUGAUGUUAAAAUGAAAGCAUUGAUACUUGGAGCAAGUUUUCUCAUUAUUUACUAUUCUGAACAUAAAUUGCAAGAAGGGGCAAAGUGUCUCUUAAGUAAACCAAAGGAAGUUACAAUUGUCCCAAGUCCUAUGGUUUGCUAAGAGGUUUGCACGAGCCAAACAAAGAGCAUUC